AAAUGGCGCACUCCAGAGGAUUUUAUCGUCCAAGAGGACCUCCGCCGCGAUUUCCACCUUCUCACGGAAGACCUCCCCCUCCAUUGAUGCGUUCUCCUUCACCUCGUUUUGUUGGCCAACCUAGGGCGCCAUUUUCCUCUGAUUUUGUUAUUGGUGGUGGUCCUCUCCAAGAUGUGAAACCGCCGAGGAGAGCGCCAGUGGCUGGCGCCCGUCAUAAUACUCCGUUAAAAAAGCCUGCUCAUCUCUGUGUCGGUUUUGACGCCUCGCAGAGGUUUCCCAACGCAAAGGAACGGCUGCAUAAUGUUCUUCAAGGUGCCAUGAAAGGCAACUCGAUGAGGUUUGAUAGUAGAGAAGUGGGCGAUAAAUGGCAAGCCACUGUUAAUAUUCCCUGGCCGCGGGAAAUGUCGUUUUAUGGCGAAGGGCCCUCGAAAAAAGAGGCUGAGAAAAAUGUUGCAGCGAUUGCUUGUGUUGAGCUCGAGGUAUAAAACUUUAAAAAGUAACUUUAAAAGUAAUUUUAAUGCCAUUGAAGUGCUUCAAGUUCAACUUGGGCGACCUAAAAUUAUAAAUGCUGGUCGGCAGACAUUGUUUUUGGUGUAAAAGUCUAUUUUGUUAUUCUGGUCUUUCAUUUAAAAUCCAUUUACGCAGUUUAUGUAUCUGGUGCCGGUUGUUCAAACGUUGGGUAGCGCUAUCCACCGGAGAGAUAGAGAGGUCAGGCUUGAAAGAGUUGAGAUUAAUCUAGUCUUUAAGCGCAUUUUCGAGGCCAUUCCACAUGUCUGCCCCCGUAUAGCUAAAAGCCCACUUAGCAGUUUCAGCAUGGGGCCUAGGUACAAAAACAUUGUUCAAGGCACCUCAUACAUUUUAGGAAUUAAUCCUGGAGGUUGGUUGGAACAUGUUCUUUAAACUCUCAGGGUAAAAGUUAUUCAGAGAUUGAAAAACGCUUAUUGCAAGAUGCUUAGAGCAUCUUUGCUCAAGUGUAUCCCAUCCCAAGUCUUGGAGAAUAUCCGCAGAUCUUGUAUUUGAGUCACUCAAUCGUCACUCAAAUGAUUUUGUUACAAAUAGUUGUGGUGAGUCCUGGGACUCAUUUUGUGAAAAAUCAUGAGUGGAUAAAGGUAUCCACCACCGGAUAAAUCACUAUCCACUGGAUAGUGAAAUUGGUUUCCCUAACACUUAUCCGUUCGAUAGUGAUUUAUCUAGUGGAUAGCGCUAUCCACCUUUUGGGCAACUGAGGCCAGAACCAGUGAGUCCCAGUCCAAACAUCUGUGGUUCCUAAAUUAUAAGUUUAAGCCUUAAUGUAGCCUGCUUGACAGGAGUCCAAAGGGGAGAAGAGCGAGAGAGAAAAGGGAAAGAGGAAUCAUACUGGAUGCAUUCUGUGAAAAUAUUUUUUGUAUCUUUGGGGAUUUUUCUUCGUUAUUGGUGCAGGAUUCAGAGCUAACAGAAUCACUGAGUGAUUUACAGCCUUAUUCCACACAUCCCUUAAAAAUGAUCUUGGUUGUUCUCACCCAAAGCCGAAAUAAAGUUGAAAGGGGUGACCAGGCGCUGCUAGAGCACAUACCUUCUGUUCUUAGCGUUAGAAACAGCUUAUAAAAGACUUCAAGUCUUUUGUUGAUGAAACUGCCUUUGGUUGUGAUUAUAGAGAUUUGGAGUGGCUAAUAUCAGUUCAGCAAUGGUCAUCAAGAAAGAAGCUGUCCAAAGCAAGGAUGAACCCAAAUGGAUAUAUAUUGAUGAUGAUCGGCUGACAAAGGUGGAGUCAUUUUUACUGAAGAAUUCUGUUCUAAGCCAACAACUCUACAGAAAUCAGAACCAGCCGUUGGUUCAGCCUCAGCCGUUCCCUAAAGAUCAAGGGCCAUCAGCAAUAAAACCUAAUAAUCCUGAAAGUGGAAAACAAGCAGAAGCAAGUAAUGUAAAUGAAAAUGAUCACAAAGAUGCAAUAGCACCAGAAUUCUGGAAAGAUUCUGAUGUUCGAGACGCAGAUUUUUCUAACUGGGAAACUCCAAGUGCAGCAAAGACCUCGCAGCUGGAAGGUUCGCAAAGCAAAACUAGUAGUUCCUCAUCUACUGAUGUGACAGUUAACUCCAAGGAAGUGAAGGAUAUUUUUAGUGGGUCCCCUUGGAAGGCUUUGUCGCCCGAACAACUUGCAAACCAUAAUGAACAGUUACUGGGAGAGUACAAACAAAGGCAGAUGAUGUUGGAGUCAAAAAAUUCAUGGUUUAGUGAGGAAACUAAAAAGUUGCCUGUUGCAAACUACAGGUAGACAGACUUGAAUAACUGUAAUACAUGUAAUAAUAUUAUUCUUGAAUAAUGUUUUAUUAAAUUCUUGACCUAGGAUAAUGCAUCUCUAACUUUACCAUUGGUUAUAGCCAACUUGGUGUUGGCUAUUUGCCACCUCUUACCCAAUGCAUCCACAUGGAAUAAUAAUGAUUACCAUAUUGAGGGUGGCGCUUCAUUGACGGCUACGCUUAGUCGCAUAAAUACAUUAUUUUUCAUUGUUUACAAUAACCUU